AGCCAACCUGUGUGACAGGUGCAACGGAGAGAGACACAGGGGAGGGACACACCUGCGGGACUGGCCAAACAACAACCAUGUUCCCCUGCUGAGCAGAGAGAGGGCUGGGUGUUUGGCCCUUUAAUCCAGGAUGUCUAGAUCCUGGAACACAUAGAUCUCAUCUACUGCUGCCACUGCUGCUGUCUCUCUCGGCUCACUCGCUGACACUCGCUUGGGGCUGAUUACAGACAACACCCCCCUAUCCAUGGAAAAUGGACUCUGCCAGGCCUGACAUGUUGAUGGGGUCCCUGUUUGAGCAGACCGAGGAACUAUUCCACUCGGAGGGGUUUCCGGGGUCCGAACACGGCAACUUCCCCCUGUCUGAGCUUCAGUUUCCAGCGGAGAAGAUGUAUGAGGAAUGGCCAGUAAGGGGCCCCAUGGGCCUGAGUGAGAGGGAAGACACAGAUGAAUUCCUACAGAUGAUGAUUAACCCCAAUGAGGUUUAUAGCAGUGGAGCUGCUGCUGCUGAAUCUCCAGAGAGCGACAGUGGAUUCUCAGACGACCCUCGGCCAGACACCCCCAUGCAGAGUGAGAGCAGCCCCCCACUGCCCCAGCCCACCCCUGUGUAUGAACUGGUUUAUGACAUCGGUUCCCUGGAGGAAAGGAAGUUACAGAAUGACAUGAGCAGCGUCAUAUCAAUACAAUUAGCCGACGACUGGAAUUCUGCCCCUUUGCUGAUCCCCGAGAGCUGUAUAGUGAACACCCUGUCCCCUGCGUGUAAAUCUACCCCAUUGCCCAUCCGAGUGACCCCAUCGGAUCUGAUCGCUGUAGAAGCCCUAUACCCAGAGCUCCACCUGACCGAGGAGGAAAAGAGGCUCCUGUCCCAGGAAGGGGUGGCACUGCCCAAUAACCUGCCUCUUACCAAGGCUGAGGAACGGAUCCUGAAGAAGGUGAGGAGGAAGAUCCGGAACAAGCAGUCGGCACAGGACAGCCGGAGGCGCAAGAAGGAGUAUAUCGACGGACUGGAAAGCAGGGUGGCCGCCUGCUCGGUUCAGAAUCAGGAGCUGCACAAGAAGGUGGUGGAGUUGGAGAAACACAACAUAUCUCUGAUCACUCAGCUCCGCAAGCUCCAGACCCUCAUCAAACAAACGUCCAACAAAGCGGCGCAGACUGGCACUUGUGUCCUGAUCCUCCUCUUCUCUCUGGCGCUGUUGGUCUUCCCCAGUUUCAGCCCCUUUCGCUCCGGGCCCAACGUUAGCCCAGAAGACAGUUACCGGCCCAGCGGAGUCAUAUCCCGUAACAUUCUCAACAAAGGAGGAUUUUCCGAGGUCGCCGACUCCCUAGCGCCUCCUGAUGCCCCUCCCCACGUUAAUCCGCUGGAAGAGAGAGACAGUGGCCGCCAUGUUGCUCCUCCGGCCAAUCCCCAACCAGAGGAAACAGAACAGGAAAGUAACAGAGCUGGAGCGGCUCCAGAGGAUAAAGGGGUUCCUAUCGGACUGAAGACCGACGUCUUAGCCCCAAAAGGGGAGCCCCCCGCCAAUGACUUGUCAAAAUCCGCACGGACGGACGAGAUGUGAAAACAGACAGACAGCUGCUAGUGAUGUAAAGAGGCACGAGAAGAGGGGCUCCAUGAAUAGGGGUGUCACCUUUAAAUUAACUGUUAGUAGGAUGUACAGAGGGAUAUUCUGAGACAAUUUGCAAUUGGUCUUCAUUUUUUAUUAUUUGUGGUUUUAGACCUAUUUGGCUUUUUAUUCAGCAGCUCUCCAGUUUCAGCCAUUGGUUGCUAGGGUCCGAAUUCCCCUAGCAACCGUGCACUGAUUUGAAUAAGAGACUGGGAUAUGAAUAGGAGAGGCCUGAAUAGAAAGAUAAGUGAUAAAAAGUAGCAAUAACAAUAAAUGUGUCGCCUUAUAGAGCAUGUUUUUUUAGAUGGGGUCAGUGACCCCCCAUUUGUAAGCCGGAAAGAGUCAAAAGAAAAAGGCAAGUAAUGAAAAAGAUAUAAAAAAAAAAUCAAGACCAAUUGAAAGGUUGCUUAGAAUUAGCAAUUCUAUAACACUGAGAUUGAAUUUAAAGGUGAAGCCCCUGCUUGGCAAUUCAAUUAGGUGCAUGCUGCAGACUGUACUGAGUUCCUUACACCCACACGGGAUGUAGUUAAAUUCAUUGCUGAUUGGCUGGGAAUGGAGGCGGAACCUCUACAAAUAAAUAAGGGGCAUGAGGGCACCCACACACAAUACACUGCUGCUGAUUUAUCAUUCAUAUGCUUUAUUCUGUACACACGGGCAAAUAAUCAUGGGAUUAAUGGCUGCUGUCUCACCCCUUUAAAUCUGGCCAAGAAAUGCUACAUCUGCCAUAGGCCUAAGAAAUUCAUUUAUAUGCGGUCUUCAUGGCUGCACAGAAACCAGCGCAGUCUGCAGUGUGCACCUUAAAUAAAUCCUAAUGAGCCAAGAAGGAUGUAUAUUCCCUGAUGUCCAGGUAUGUGUGAGGUGCUACUCACACUCACACUCAGCACCUCUACUCUCUGCCUCUUUCAUUCCACAGCAUCCUCACCUGAUACUCCCUGAUAUUCAGAGACUCUUAUUCUAUAAUAUUUAUAAUGAGAAUAACUUUAUAUUGUUAUUAUUUGGGCUGAAAAGGGUUAAUAAAAUGCAUUUAGUUUGUA